AUGAACGCAAUCAAUAUUCCACAGGAAGGAGCUAAUAUCAGGGCUCUGGUGGUUCAGGCCCAAAUGAUGAGGACAGUUAAUCAGCCAGGCCACAAUAAAACACCUCUAGCUCUGGACACCAAUCAAACCAGAAGCAGUCAUGCAGAUUCCUUCAAUGAAGUCGAAACUGAGGGUGACAUUUGGGCACGAUAUGCCUCUCAGAAUUUUCACCAGCUCUCAUGGCUGGGAGUGAAUUUUUAUCUGUUUAUUGACACGUUCUGCUGGUAUGAAAAGGAGGAGUCUUUCCAUUACACACGAGUUAUUUUGGGUUCAACACUGGCUUGGGCGCGAGCGUCUGCACUGUGCCUGAAUUUUAACUGCAUGCUAAUUCUAAUACCUAUCAGUCGAAACCUUAUUUCAUUCAUAAGAGGAACAAGUAUUUGCUGCAGAGGACCAUGGAGGAGGCAAUUAGACAAAAACCUCAAAUUUCACAAACUGGUCGCCUAUGGGAUAGCUGUUAAUGCAGCCAUCCACGUCGUGGCUCAUUUCUUCAACCUGGAACGCUACCACUGGAGCCAGUCGGAGGAGGCCGAGGGACUCCUGGCUGCACUUUCCAAGCUGGGCAACACCCCUAAUGAGAGCUACCUCAACCCUGUCCGGACCUUCCCCGCAAACACAGCCACUGAAUUGCUAAGGACAAUAGCAGGCGUCACCGGCCUGGUGAUCUCUCUGGCUUUAGUAUUAAUCCUGACAUCUUCCACCGAGUUCAUCAGACAGGUCUCCUAUGAGUUGUUCUGGUACAUACACCAUGUUUUCAUCGUCUUCUUCCUCAGCCUGGCUAUCCAUGGGACAGGUCGGAUCGUUCGCGGCCAAACCCAAGACAGUCUCUCUCUGCACAACGUCACCUUCUGCAGCGACCACUAUGCAGAAUGGCAGACAGCGGCCCAAUGCCCGGUGCCUCAGUUUUCUGGCAAGGAACCCUCGGCUUGGAAAUGGGUUUUAGGCCCUGUGGUCUUGUAUGCAUGCGAAAGAAUAAUUAGGUUCUGGCGAUCUCAACAAGAAGUUGUCAUUACCAAGGUGAUAAGCCACCCCUCUGGAGUCCUGGAACUUCACAUGAAAAAGCGUGGCUUUAAAAUGGCACCAGGGCAGUACAUCUUGAUGCAGUGUCCAGCCAUAUCCUCACUGGAGUGGCACCCCUUCACCCUCACCUCUGCCCCCCAGGAAGACUUCUUCAGCGUGCACAUCCGGGCAGCAGGAGACUGGACGGCAGCGCUACUGGAGGCCUUUGGGGCAGGGGGACAGGCCCUCCAGGAGCCCUGGAGCCUGCCAAGGCUAGCAGUGGACGGGCCCUUCGGAGCUGCCCUGACGGAUGUGUUUCACUACCCAGUGAGUGUGUGCAUUGCCGCGGGGAUCGGAGUCACGCCCUUCGCUGCUCUUCUGAAAUCCAUAUGGUACAAAUGUAGUGAGACACAGACCCCGCUGAAGCUGAGCAAGGUGUAUUUCUACUGGAUUUGCCGGGACGCAAGAGCUUUUGAGUGGUUUGCUGAUCUCUUACUCUCGCUGGAAACAAGGAUGAGUGAGCAGGGGAAAACUCACUUUCUGAGUUAUCAUAUAUUUCUUACUGGCUGGGAUGAAAAUCAGGCCGUUCACAUAGCUUUACAUUGGGAUGAAAAUACUGACGUGAUUACAGGCUUAAAGCAGAAGACCUUCUACGGGAGACCCAACUGGAACAACGAGUUCAGGCAGAUCGCCUACAAUCACCCCAGCAGCAGCAUUGGCGUGUUCUUCUGUGGACCUAAAGCUCUCUCAAAGACACUUCAAAGGAUGUGCCGCUUCUAUUCAUCAGCCGACCCCAGGGGUGUUCAUUUCUAUUACAACAAGGAGAGCUUCUAGACUUUGGAGGUCAAGUCCAGGCAUUGUGUUUUCAGUCAAGUUACUGACUCUACAGACUCCACCAAGAAUUCCUGUGAUGGCCUGUUGAUAUGAGCUCCCAGUUGGGAACUGGUGAAUGACAACUAACCAUUGAGAACAGUAGAUCGUACCACACUUCCUUAGCUCAUAAAUAACCUGUCAUAUACAACAGAACAAAAACAUUUGCUGAAAUUAAAAUAUAUUAUGUUAUUCAAAUGCUUCUUAUCUUUGUGGACUGUCAUUCUGCCAUAAAAGAGAAUUAAAUUGAUCUGACAUGAUGUGUUUUGACAAAGGCAGCCUCUUAAGCUCUUCUAAGUAUUUCUGAGUUAUAAAUUGAUCACUUCUUUUACUUUAUCCUCAGACUUUUAUGUUGACUUGAUGAUUUUUCUGAUAUUAAUAUUGAUUUUAUAAGUUAGGAAUUUUUCAUUCAUGUCAAAAAAAUUAUUUCUACUAACUCUGCAUUGGAAUUUCUCAGUAACUUGAGGUAUUGCUUGAUGCAUAUAAUUCAAACUCUGCUAAUUUUAAUAGAAUGAGUCUUUCCAUGUAAUUAUUUCCCCAUUGAAGUUUAAUUCAGCCUUUGCAACCAGAAAUUUCU